UUCGUGUCAUUCUUGAUUAUUUUUGACCCUCUGAUCGGAUCGGUUGGAAAUGGCCUUACAUGACACUAAAUCUUUGGUUGCAUUGGCCACAAGUGUGGUACAUCAGCAAACAAACGGAAAACUUAAUGGAAUUAAAUGGCAGAGACCAAAUUGAUUUACAGUAGAUAAUUUCAGGAACGACAUUAAUUGAUUUUCUAAUUAAAGGACCUAAAUGAUGAGAUAGGUCAAUUUUAAGGACAAUUUAUAAUAAAAACCCUUUAAUAUAUAGAUUGUCUUUUUCUUUUUCGUAUCUUGUUUUUGGAGGUUCCUAGUUUCCAAAAACUAUACAUCGCCGGCGCCAUAAUUUUUUCUUUACUAAAUUUACCCAACUUUUGAGUAGCAUAUCGUGACACUUUAUUCUUUAGCUAGGAAGAAACACACAGAUGAUGAUGAAGAUUAUUGUUAUUGCAAAAGUAUAAUCGUUGUUUAUAUUGUUUUACUGUUGGUUUUAAAAUGAAUGAAAGUGUUUUUGGGUUCCAAAAGCACUUGAAGUUCUUUUUGGAAGAAACACUAGUUAUGUGAUUCUUGUAGGAAGCACUUCAAGUGUUUUUACAGGAUUUACUUGUAUUUUUAUUAGGGAUUAAUUUUAAAAACAUUUUCAUCAAAAGCGUUUCUAGUCAUUAUGAUAGACUCACGCAGAAAUGCUGUCCAACUCUAUAAAACACUGCACUUGUGAGGAUGCAAUUACACAUAACACAAAAACAAAUCUAAAAUGGGUUCCAAAGAAGUAGGCAAUAAAAAGCCUCAUCUUCUUUGCAUCCCUUUUCCAGCUCAAAGCCACAUAAAGGCAAUGCUCAAAUUUGCAAAACUCCUCCACCAUGGAGGUUUUCACAUCACCUUUGUCAACACUGAGUUCAAUCACAAACUCUAUCUAAAAUCUCUAGGUCCCGACUCCCUCGACGGCUUGCCUGAUUUCCGGUUUGAAACCAUGCCAGAUGGCCUUCAAAGUUCAGAUGAAGAUACCACUCAAGAUUUGAUUUCGCUUGUUGAGUCAGUCGGGAAAAACUUCACAGCUCCAUUUCGUGACAUCCUCGUGAAACUCGAUCGUUCAGCAACUUGCAACGAUAUUCCUCCAGUGAGUCACAUUGUUUCGGAUGGUUGGAUGGCUUUCACUGUCACAGCAGCUGAAGAAGUUGGAAUCCCUAUCGUACUCUUCUUCACUAUUUCCGCAAGCAGCUUCAUGGGCUUCAAUCAAUAUCCAACUUUGGAGGAAAAAGGACUUGCCCCACUCAAAGAGGAGAGUUGGUUAACAAAUGGCUUUCUGGACAAGGUUUUAGAUUGGGUUCCAGGAAUGAAAGAUAUCAGGUUAAGGGACCUUCCAAACAACUUUAUUACUACAGAUCCCAAUGACGUAGGCUGGGUCUUCUGCUUGGAAUCAAUUCAAAAAUUCAAGAGGGGUUCAGCAAUUGUCAUUCACACUUUUGAUGCAUUGGAGCACCAAGUUUUGGAUUCUCUCUCGUCCAUGUUUCCGCGUGUUUACGCCAUUGGCCCUCACCAGUUACUCCUCAACAGGAUACCAGAGCCCCCCUUGAAGGCUAUGGGAUACAGUCUAUGGAAAGAGGAAACUGAGUGCCUCCAAUGGCUAAAUUCUAAGGCACCAAACUCAGUUGUUUAUGUGAAUUUUGGCAGCUUAGCAUUCGUGACACCGGAACAUCUUGUUGAGUUUGGGUGGGGACUGGCAAAUAGCAAGGUGCCCUUCUUUUGGGUGAUUAGACCUGAUCUUGUCGUCCGUGAAUGGGCCAUUUUUCAACCUGAGUUUGUCGCGGAGACGAAGGAAAGAGGUCUAAUAGCGAGUUGGUGUCCACAAGAGCAAGUCCUGGAGCACUCAUCAGUCGGAGGAUUUUUAACCCAUAGCGGAUGGAAUUCAACGAUCGAGAGCCUAUGCGCAGGCGUGCCUAUGCUAUGUUUGCCAUGCUUCUCUGACCAGCAAACGAACUGUUAUUGUGUUUGUAAAAAAUGGGGUAUCGGCAUGGAGAUUAGUUACGAUGUGAAGAGAGAUGAAGUAGAGAAGCUCGUUAUAGAGUUAAUGGAGGGAGAGAAAGGUAAGCAAAUGAAAAAUAAGGCCAUGGAGUGGAAGCAACUGGCAGAAGAAGCCACUGCUCCACAUGGUUCAUCGUCCACAAACUUGGACAAUUUUGUGAAGCAAGUGCUACUAAGAAAAAGCUGAAGAUCAUGCGUCCCAGGGGUUCAGGUGUCCGUAACCUUUUCUACAUUCGAUCAAAUUUAGGGUUUUUCAGCUGUUUUUCAGCGUUUGAAAUGAUUUGUAAGUUGAUUUAAUGGAUGAAUUGUCUCGCCUCCUGUAAAACCGCAGACCAAACUCCAAGUGGACGAAACUUGAUCAGCAACGAUAAUCGCUUCUUGCGUCAAGAU